GUAAAUUUCAUUCUACAGUUUUCUAAAAUUAGACAGCUACAGCUUCUUGGCCAGAAAUCUAUUGAAUUAAAGCCAUAUCCAACAAAAUACUCACUCAUUAUCUUUUGUCAAUCCUUUAUCUACCUAACUAAGCUGCACUCCCAAUUUUCAAAUCCUUCUCUUUGAUUUCGCCACUCCUUUCCAACCAUGCCUGUCCUUGAAACACUUGGUGGUGCUCUUUGUGGAGCUGUUCUUCAGGUGCUACUUGAUAAGUUGGAUUCUCAUAAAGUUGUUGACUACUUUCGUGGGAGAAAGCUCGAUGAGAAGCUGCUAAAAUAUUUGAGGAGGAAGUUGGUGUCCAUCAAUGCUGUCGUUGAUGAUGCAGAACUAAAGCAGUUCGUUGAUACAUAUGUUAAAUCGUGGCUUGAUGAGGUCAGAGACGUGUUGUUUGACGCAGAGGAUCUGCUGGAUGAAAUAGAUUAUGAAUUCUCCAAAAGUGCAUCAGAACUUGAAUACAGGAGCAGUGCUAGUAAGGUAAGCAGUCUUGAAUCCAAGCUGAAGGAAGUCGUAGACGACCUUGAAUCUCUUUUAAACCAAAAGGAUGAUCUAGGUCUGAAAAAUGCUGCUAGUGUUAGAUCCGAAUUGGGGAAUAAAGUGUUAGAGAGAAAAAAUGAAUCCUCAUCGUUGGUGGCUGAAGAUGUUAUUUAUGGCAGAGAUGAUGACAAAGAAAUUAUCCUUAAUUGGCUGACAUCAGACAGUAACAAUCAUAACCGGUUGUCAAUACUUUCUAUUGUGGGUAUGGGUGGGAUGGGUAAGACCACAAUUGCCCAACAUGUAUACAAUGACCCAAAGAUGAAAGAAGUUAGAUUUGAUGAAAAAGCUUGGGUUUGUGUUUCUGAUGAAUUUGAUGUUUUGAAAGUAUCAAAAGCAAUUAUUGGGGCUUUCACUAAAGUAAAAGAUGAUAGUGAAACCAUAGAAAUGGUUCAUGGAAAAUUGAAAGAAAAGUUGACUGGAAGGAAGUUUCUUCUUGUUCUAGAUGAUGUUUGGAAUGAAGACCGAAAGGAUUGGAAAACAUUAAAAACUCCUCUUAGGUGUGGAGCUAAGGGAAGUAAAAUUACACGCAGUCACAAAGUUGCUUCUAUCAUGCAAUCAACCUACAUACACCACCUAAAGCAAUUAGAUGAAGAUCACAGUUGGCAAGUUUUUGCUAAACAUGCAUUCCAAGAUGAAAACUCUAGAUUGAAUUAUGAGUUGAAGGAGAUUGGCAUGAAGAUCGUUGGAAAGUGCAAAGGAUUACCUCUGGGCCUAGAAACGCUGGGAUGUCUUUUACACACAAAAUCAUUUACUUCAGAGUGGGAAGGUGUAUUGAGAAGCGAGAUAUGGGACUUAGCGAUAGAAGAAAGUAAAAUCAUCCCAGCUUUGUUGUUGAGCUAUUACCAUCUUCCUUCUCAUCUCAAGAGAUGUUUCGCUUUUUGUGCAUUAUUCCCCAAAGACCAUAAGUUUGACAAGGAGAGCUUAAUUCUCUUAUGGAUGGCUCAAAAUUUUCUACAAUGCUCUCAACGAAGUAAGUCUCCAGAGGAAGUAGGUGAACAUUACUUCAAUGAUCUAUUAUCCAGAUCAUUUUUUCAACCUUCACUGAUAUACAACUACCCAUGUUUUGUCAUGCACGACCUUCUCAAUGAUUUAGCAAAGUAUGUUUCUGGUGAAAUGUGUUUCAGGUUGGGAGUUGAUAGAGCAGAAAGAGUACCAAAGACAAUCCGUCACUUUUCCACUGUAAUAGAUCCUGUUCGAUGUCAUAAAAGUUUAUGUGAUGCUAAAGGGCUACGGACAUUUAUAUCCAUUCGGGGGGGCUGUGGGAUGGCAUUGCAAGAGUUGAUCUCAAAUUUCAAGUUCUUACGGCUGUUAUCGUUGCCUUGGUGUUGUAACAUAAAAGAGAUGUCUGACAGUAUAGGAAAUCUUAUACAUCUCCGUUCAUUAGACCUUUCAAAUACAAAAAUAAAAGAGGUGUCUGACACUUUAGGCAAUCUUAUAUAUCUCUGUUCAUUAGACCUUUCAGGUACUCGAAUAGAGAGACUUCCCAACUCAACCUAUUUGCCCUGUAACUUGCAAGUGUUGAAACUGAACAAGUGUUUAUAUUUGAAAGAGUUGCCCUCGACUUUGCAUGAACUCACCAAUUUGUGCCGCCUUGAACUUGUGGGAACUACUUUAAGGAAGGAUCCGCUGCAUUUAGGAAAGUUGGAGAAUCUUCAACUAUGGAUGGAUAGGUUUGAGGUUGGCAAAAGUAAUGAAUCCAUUAUUCAACUAGGAGAAAUUGAUCUUCAUGGAAAGCUGUCAAUCAGAAAUGUCGAAAAUAUUGUGAAUCCUUGUGAUGCAUUGUUAGUGAAUUUGAAGGAUAAAACACAUCUUAAAUUGCUCCAAACUUUUUGCCUCACUGAAAGGGGCUUUGGGAACCAGCCCUUCCCUAGAAUUUUUGUAUAUUGGCGAUGUGGAUGUGGAGCUUUUUCCGGGUGAAGGUUUGCUCCCAAUCACUCUUACUAUGCUAAGCAUAAAGGAUUGUCCAAAUCUUAAGAAACUGGACUACAGGGGUCUCUGUCACCUCUCCUCUCUUCAGAAAUUGGUUCUUCAUAACUGUCUAACACUCCAAUGCUUGCCAGAGGAGGGUUUGUCUGAAUCUAUUUCACAACUCAUAAUUGAAGACUGCCCAUUCCUCAAACAGCGGUGCAAGAAAGAAGAAGGUGAAGACUGGGAAAAGAUUGCUCACAUUAAAUACAUAUGGAUUGACGGAAAACGAGUAAACAUAUUAGACAAAAUACAA